AUGUCACCUACAAAUUUUAUUUUUUCCACAGAUUACAUUUCACCAGAAGUACAAGCAGCGUUACCAAAAGGAUACACUAUUCGUCCUUUAGCUAGUGAUGACUAUGAAAGAGGAUUCCUUGAGGUGUUGAAAGUUCUCACAACUGUUGGUGACAUUUCAAAAGAUCAAUUUCUUGAACGAUUUUAUUUUUUGAAAACGCACAAUUAUGAAUACUUUACACUUGUCAUUGUUUCACCCGAAGAUCGAAUUGUUGGAGCUGGAACUAUAUUUGUAGAACGUAAAUUUAUUCGUAACACAGGAUUGGUCGGACAUAUUGAAGACAUUGCAGUUGAUAAGAAUCAACAGGGGAAAAAACUUGGAUUAAGAAUAAUUCAAGCCCUUAAAUAUAUUGGAGCAAAGGCAGGAUGUUAUAAAGCAAAAGCUGCAUACGCUGCUAAGCUUGCAGAAAAAAGUUCAAAAGAAGUUAUAACGAAUCCAGAUGAUCCCAACUUUGAUUUAGAAAAACUUUUGGUUCAUUAUGGAAGCAAAGAAAACCAUUAA